UUUUCUCGAAGCAUUCACGUCCUGUCGGAAAACUUAUUUAUUUUACCCAAAUUUUAACCAAAUUAAAACAUUAACGACUCUUUUAUUAAACGUAGCUUAAUUUAGAGAUCCUCUGUAGUUAAACUGGAUGACAGAAAUGUCAAGUUUCGCUAUAUUUCCCUAAGCAUGUUAACGUUAGUUCAGUGAUAACCAGCAGCCACUUUAAAUCGGCUUCAGCUUCAACUUAAGCUAAUUAUCAGACAUGUAAGGUUAGUUCAGAGACGCGGUUGGAGCCAUGGGCUGCAGGCAGUCUGUAUGUCGCUUGUGACACAUCGGGGGGUGUAAUCAGUUCUGCGAAGAUGCAACAGGUCCCUUACGGGUCUGUGGAUCGGGACAAGCCUCUGAUCCGCGUGCCGUUCACCAGGCUGGCGGUGAUCACGGUGUGUUUGCCUCUGAUUGGCCUCGUCGCCUGUAUCGUGCUGGCGAUGCUCUACCACUACAAUGAUGCCACAUACACACACUGUCAGGUUCCUAACUACCUCCCGUCCAUCAGUGCAGCCAUCAGUCUGACUCCAGAGCGCUACAUCUGGCGCUGCAGCAUCGGUCUGCAUUCUGCCCCGCGAUUCCUGGUAGCCGCUGCGUAUUUGAGCUUUUACCGCGGACGCUUCUCCAGGAGGCUGACAGAGCAGCUGCUGAGCGGCUUCACUUUCCUCUUAGCUGUGAGUGAAAAUGUUGGCCUGCUUCUGCUCACCUACGUCUCCUCCACUGAGACAUACAGUGUCCAUAAGAGCGGCUUCAUCCUGUUUAUUGGCAGCUCUCUGUUCCACAUGUUAUGCACCUGCAAAUUGUGGUCGCUGAUUGUCAAGUAUUCGCUCAGUUCAGAGGAGAUGAUGUCGUACUGGUUUAAGCUCCGCCUUUUCCUGUUCAACGGCGGCUGCUGUGUGUUGGCGGUCUACUUCUACAGGCGGCACAACACGUACUGUGAAGAAGGAAUUUACACAUGCUUCGCGGCGUGUGAGUAUCUGGUGGUGCUGUCCAACAUGGCCUUCCACAUGACUGCCUACUGGGACUUUGGAGGUAAGGAGGUGAUGGUUGCAACACCUCCAGAGGGAAAGCGCUUCUGACACAGGAAGUGAACACUUGCAUCAUCUCCUUGAAACUUGAGACUCGUGGCGCUCAGGCUGAUUUAGACUCGAGACUGACUGCAUUAAAGCACCGAUGACUGUUUACAUCCUCACAUAGCGGUGUUUUUAAACUCGGCUGCUUUAAAUAUUUAAUAUAAGGUCAUCGUCAGUGGUGUGUGUGUGCUACAUUUUAAAUGAUCAUGUCUCCAGGAACUAGUUUAAUAUACUUUUAGUUUAAUAGCUUUUAACUUCUGCAAGGGAAAGUUCACCAAAAAGUGUCAACAUUUGAGUUUCUUUUUACUGUUGAAGAUAUUUGAAGAUUGUUGAAUAUUGACUUUCAUGUUUUUUUUUUCACUAUGUCUAUCAACAGAUAUCACUCUCCAACAUUC